AGAAGGACGGUGUUACUCGGAUCGGAUAGAACAGGGAUCUAUGGAAGUUGAUUUUCUGUGAGUGGACUUGUGAACAUGGAGGAGGACUCCAUCGUGAUUUCUGGGAUUUCCUGUCGACUCUCGGGGUCGGACAGUGACGUUAAUGUGGAGGAAUUCAAGGAAAAUCUUAGGAGGGAACGAGACAUGGUCACCCACCGAAAAAACACAGAGUACACAGACUACAGCAUAACCCGUUCCUGCAGUGGUACUAUUGGAGAUCUGACUAAGUUUGAUGCUGGUUUCUUUGGAAUCCCUCCUAAAUUGGCCAAUGUGUUGGACCCCCAAUUGCGAAUGUUACUAGAGGUUACAUGUGAAGCUAUUGUUGAUGGUGGUAUAAGCACUGAAGCAUUAAGGGGGUCUGACACAGCUGUUUUCAUUGGAUGUGGACUUUCUGAAGCACUUGAAGCACAUAGCAGUGAUCCAGAUCACGUCAAUGCUUAUGGUCCAGUAGGAUCCAGCUCUUCCAUGCUUGCGAACAGAAUUUCCUUUGCUUUUGACUUGAAAGGUCCAAGUUAUGCAUUAAAAAAUGGAAAUGGAACUAGUUUCUUGGCACUGGAAACUGCCAUCAUGAGCAUACAAGAGGGAAAAUGUGAGACAGCCAUUGUUGGGGCCUGUAAUCUGUGCAUGAAGGCGGCAGUUUUUUUCCAGCUGAUGUUGCUGGAUGUACUGUCUCCUGAUGGAAAGUGCUGCUAUUGUGAUGAAAACAGUUUUGGUACAAAUAGAAGCGAGGGAGUGGUAGUCAUGGUGAUUCAGAAACGCAGGUCUGCAAAAAGAAUCUACUCCACGAUAAGGCACCUCAAAUGUUGCUCCAUGAAAAAAUCAUAUUACCCUUCAUAUGAAGAAGAAACAAAACUUCUGAAGGAAAUUUAUGAAGAGGCUAACAUUGAUCCAACUGAGGUGGGCUAUAUUGAAAUCAGUGGCAGUUGUGAUAUUGAAGGAGACACACAGGAAGUGAAUAGUAUAGUGGAUAUUUUCUGCAGAAACAGGGAGACGCCUCUAAUGAUUGGUUCAGUCAAGACAAAUUUAGGGAACACAGAAACUGUGUCAGGUCUUGUCUCAAUUCUUAAAGUGUUGACUGCAGCACAAGAAGAAAUGAUGCCUGCAAAUCUACAUGUACCCUCCCUUAACCAAUCAAUUCCAGCAUUCCAAGAUGGGCGGAUAAAUUUCUUAACAGAGAGAACUAGAUGGACACCAGGAAUUGUGGGCAUUAACUGCUAUGGCAUGGGCCAUCUGAAUGGUCACUGCAUUUUGGACUUUAAUCGCAAUCCAUCUGAUGUUUGUACAAAGUCUAAGGAAAAAAGACUGGCAGUCUUCUCUGCAACCACAGAAGGUGGAGUGAGAUCAGUAUUGAAGCAUAUGGAGAACCACUGUGAUAAUUUAGCCCUUCAUAGUUUGCUGAAUGAAAAUACAAAACGUCCACCAGCCCAACAUCUGUUCCGGGGUUUCACCAUCCUAAAUUCAUCACAAAAAUAUCGGGAAGUACAGAAAUGUGUGAACACAGGCAGACCCCUAUGGUUUGUUUUCUCGGGUAUGGGAUCACAGUGGCCCUCGAUGGGGAGACAGAUGAUGAAGUUUGAGGUUUUUAAGCAGUCCAUUAUGUCUUGUGAUGCUAUUCUACAAUGUCAUGGAGUGUCUCUCUAUGAUAUGAUAAUGAAAGGCGGAGCUAGGAUCUAUGACGAGUGUCUGAACUCUUUUCUUGGAAUUACUUCCAUCCAGAUCGCCCUGGUGGAUGUGUUACGGAGUCUUGGACUGGAGCCUGAUGGUAUCCUUGGUCACUCUGUAGGGGAGUUGGGUUGUGGAUAUGCUGAUGGGUCCCUCACAGCUGAGGAGACUGUGCUGGCAGCUUACUGGAGAGGGAGGUGCAUCUUAGAGUCAAACCUUCCCACAGGAGGCAUGGCAGCUGUCGGUCUGACUUGGAAAGAAGCCAAAGAACAGUGUCCAAGUGGAGUGACACCAGCUUGUCAUAACACUGAGCAGACAGUGACCAUUUCUGGUCCUCUUACAGAGGUGCAGUACUUCAUCCAGGGCCUAAAGGACAGAGGGGUGUUUGCGAGGGAAGUCAACUGUUCGGGUGUGGCCUUCCACUCCUAUUUCAUGAAGAAAAUUGCUCCACAGAUAAAAGAAAAACUUAAAGAGGUGAUAGUGCCAAAGAGAAGAAGCCAGAAGUGGAUAAGUUCCUCCAUUCCGGAGUCUGAUUGGUCUACAGAACUUGCUCAAAUGUCAUCUGCUGACUACAUUGCCAACAAUGUGACACAUCCAGUGUUGUUUCAGGAGGCACUGAGACACAUUCCAGAUGGCGCUGUAGUCCUAGAGGUAGCGCCUCACUGUCUUCUUCAGGGAGUACUGAGGAGGUCAUUGGGGUCAAAAUGCACAGUCCUACCACUGAUGAAGAAGGACUCCAGGGAUAAUACAGACUUCUUUUUGUCUAAUAUUGGAAGGUGUUUUAAUCAUGGACUCAGUGUAAAUGCACUGGGGAUGUUUAAGCCCCCAAAUUUCCCUGUACCCUCCAGUACACCAAACCUAUCCUCCUACAUAAGGUGGGAUCACACUGCCUCUUGGCAGAUUCCCCAGCUAGAGGAAUUUCUCAGUGGCCAGUCAGGCCAGCAGACGGAGGCUCUGUUUGAAAUUGAUGUCUCACCUGAGGGUAAGGACCACUUUCUGUUGGAUCACUGUAUUGAUGGCAGGACUCUGUUUCCGGCAGCAGGAUACCUCGAGCUGGGUUGGAGGAUACUAGCCAAGUCGAUGGGACUGCUGCAUGAUAGAAUGUCUGUGGUGUUUAACAAUGUUACCAUACACAGGUCCACAGUUCUUCCUUCCACAGGUGUGAUUAGAUUUACUGUCUCCAUUGUGCCUGCUACAGGGGAGUUUGAGGUUUGUGAAGGGGAGACCUUGGUGGCCAGUGGAGAGGUGUUUUCCCCUCACAGGCCUCUCAGAACACUCGGUGAUGAAAUGGAAUACAUACUAUCACCUAAACCACAACGUGCUGAACUAGCAAUGACAUUGGAGGAGGUUUAUAGGGAGUUCAGGCUAAGGGGAUACAAAUAUGGUCCCAAAUUCCGUGGAAUUCUCAAAGCCACAGAGAGUGGUGAUGAGGGCUAUCUUUUGUGGGAGAACAACUGGGUGACUUUCCUGGAUAACAUCAUGCAGAUGAAUCAUUUGAGUCAACCUCCAAAACACUUGGUUUUCCCCAUUGAGAUAAAGUAUCUUUCUAUCAACCCAGCACUACAUAAGAAUAAAGUCUUGCCAAUUACUGACAACAAAAGUGGUGUAUUGGCGACUGUGAACAGAUUUGCUGACACAACAAUCUCAGGGGGAGUCGAGAUGCAGGGACUUGUCCUCAAAAGGGCACCUGCAAGGAGGGUCUAUGAAACCCCCAUUUUGGAGGAAUAUGUGUUUGUGCCUUAUGAUGAGGAAGGGUCAGAACCCUUAGCCUCAGUGAGUCUGCAGAAGUACUGUCAGGUUUGUGUAGACCAAGUCAAACAAGUGCACAAAAAGUUGCAGGAUAUGGGGAUAGUGAAAUGGAGGGAUCCGUUACUGUCAUCCAGCAAGGAAGAUUCUGUUGAUGAUGGGAAGCAAGGAAAGGAUUUAAAAGAUUUCAGUGAUGACGAGAAUUGUUCUUUGCUACAGACAUUACUGAAGGUGAAUUCUGUGGAGUUAAAUGAAAAAUUCAUGACAAAUGUUCGGAAUGUUCUCACAGCAUUUAAAAAAGAUUUAUUGCAUGACAGGCUUUUGUCAAAUCACUUACAAGCAAGGUCUUUGAAAACGUGCCUUGAUGUGGUCAUUGAAAACUCAGCUAAUCCUUUAAAGGUGCUUGAGGUGCAGAUUGCCGGAGCUGGACAUAAAACACCGGUUGUAAAUUUUCUGAAGGUUUCUCCCGGCGUUCAGUACAGCUAUACAGUGGCAUGUGUUUCGGGGGGAAAUGAGGUGGAGUCUGAACCGCCCAAAGUAGGGACUGACUCCAUUGUGUGGGAUAUUCAGGAGAAGUUUCAGGGAGAGCAGGAAUAUGAUUUGGUGAUCGCCAGUGAUGUUUUCCGAGAACAAAACAAUGUGGAGAAAGUUGUACAAAAUAUUCAACAAGUUAUCAAAGACAAUGGCUUUCUGCUGGUUACCGAAAUUACCCACAAUGAAAUCUUGCCCAAUACUUUGGAUGUCAUUAAUUCUAGAUUAAGACAGGCUGCAGAAGGAUCACACUACAAGACUGAAACCGAGUGGAAGGAGUUGUUUGUAAGAACUGGAUUUUGUCUUGUAGCAAAGAAAAGUGAUGGUCUGUUAAUCACUACUUUCUUGCUCAGAAAGACGAGCAAUGAUGUGGACGGUAGAGUCUUGUCUCUCGAUGGCUCGCACAAUUCGUGGCUGAAUAGACUGAAGGACGAGAUAGCCGCUGUUCAGGAGGAGUCCACUACACAUAAAGUAUGGCUGACAACUAAUUCACCGGAACCUUCGGGCAUCAUUGGAAUGGUGCAUUGUCUGAGGAGAGAACUUGGAGGGGAGAGAGUGAGGUGUAUAUACAAUAUGGACCACAGUACAACUCUCACUGAAGUCCCAGAUGAGUUUAAAAGAAAAGACUUGGUAAUGAACAUCUUUAAAGGCGGGCAUUGGGGUUCUUACAGACAUAUUCCAAUUACAAGUGAAAAGCAAAUGUUCAGAAAAAGUGAGAAGAGUUAUCUGACCCACUCCGGUGAUGGUUAUGUGUGGAGAGAAUUACCAGAACAGACUGUGAAGGAGAAUGAGGAGUUGUGUCAUGUGCUUUAUGCUGCACUGAACACACAGGACCUAAACAGAGAUCAAAGGGAGCUUGGAUUGGGUAACGAGUUCUCGGGGAUCACCAGUGCUGGACGAAGGGUCAUGGGGCUACAUUAUCCGGCUGUAGCAACAACAGCAGUUGUAGAAAAAAGGUUCUUGGUUGAUGUACCAGAGGAUUGGUCCUUACGAGAGGCCUCCUGUGUUCUCCGGGCAUAUGGGAUAGCUAUCAAAGCUUUGGUUGUUGAAGAGAAUGUCUGCAUAGGAUCUUCAGUGCUGAUUUACGAUGGACACACAGACAUUGGUAUCGCUGCUGUAUCGGUGGCCAUCAAUUUGAAAUGCGAUGUGUUUGUAACUGUCCCUUCAACCGUGAAGAAAAAUUACCUGCAGUCCUGGUUUGAGAAGCUGAAUCCUAAUCAAGUACUUGUGGUUGAGGACAAUUCCAUGGCUAAGUUUGAGGCCUUAAGACUGACCGGUGGUCAAGGUGUUGAUCUUGUAGUGAAGACAACAAUGGUCAACUCUUCAAUAUUUGACAGUGGUGUUUUGUCUCCUGGUGGAAAAGUGAUAGAUUUCACUCAAAACAAGUUCCAGAAAAACUUGAUCAGAAUUAGUACUUACAUGGAGCACCAGAAGUGGAAUUUGGCAGACAUAAAGCAGGGGGACUUUGAUGUGAUAUGGGAAGAGUUGUCUAGUGGGAUACAGACUGGAGCUUACAGACCCAUCCCUAACCACUGCUUCCAGUGUAACGACAUACAAAGAGCUCUGGAAGACCUGGUGUUAAUGAAAGGACACCACUCCAAAAUUGUCAUCAAGAUUCGUAAUGAAGAAGACCAGGUUGUCAAUCAAACUGCCCCUAUAGCCAAAACAGUAAAAAUCACAUCCAAGUGCAAUCCGGACAAAGUUUACAUCAUCACAGGAGGACUGGGUGGAUUCGGUUUGGAACUGGCCACCUGGCUUGUAGACAAGGGAGCCAGGAAACUGGUUCUUUCAUCCAGAUCUGGAAUCAAGAAUGGGUACCAGGCAAGGAAAGUUAAAUUCCUACGAGAGCAAAAGAUUAAGGUGUGUUUGUCAACAGAGGACAUCACCUCAGAGGGAGGCUGUCGACGUCUCAUGGAAGAAGCAAUUGAACAAGGUCCUGUUGGAGGAAUUUUCCACCUUGCAAUGGUUCUGCAGGAUGGGAUGCUUAAAAACCAAUCAAAUGAAACUUUCAAAGAGGUCCUUGGCCCUAAAGUGGUAGGCAUUGUCCAUCUGGACAAUUGGAGUAGAACCCUGUGUAGAGACCUGGAGUGGUUUACUGUUUUCUCCUCAGUGGCCAGUGGCAGAGGGAAUGCUGGACAAACCAACUAUGGUUAUGCUAACUCCUUAAUGGAAAGAAUUUGUGAACAGAGACAGGCAGCUGGAUUCCCAGCUCUAGCCAUUCAGUGGGGAAUGAUAGGAGACGUGGGUGUGGCAGUAAAGAAAUUUGGGGACAAGGUGACAGCAGUCGGCAGGACCUUACCACAGAGAAUGUCAUCAUGUCUGGAUUCCCUCGACCAGUUCCUCUGCCAGUCUAAACCAGUUGUGUCCAGUUUUGUUUCAGCCUCGGCAUCCAUGACGACAGGAACACUUGAAAAGCAGCAGACAUUGAUGGAGCACAUAGUGAAAGUUCUGGGUCUGCAAGACUCUGCUGCUUUAAGACCUGAAUCCACCCUUCUAGAGCUAUGUACGGAUUCAUUACUGGAAAUAGAAAUCCAGCAAAUCAUGAAGAGUCAGUUCAACAUUGAUCUGUCCCUCUCAGAUCUCAUGAAACUCACUGUCCAGAAAAUCAGAGAUAUGUCAGAGGAGAGGAGUGAAAGAAAAACCUCAACUGAUACCAACAUUGAUGAAGUGAAGGAUGAUAAUGCCAAUAUGCAGGCAGAGGCAGAAAAAACAAGCUGGUUCACUGUUCCUCAAGAUUGCUUAGUUCAACUCUCUUCAGGGCAACAGGAUAAAAGUCCCGUGAUCAUUCUACAUGAUUUGGAUGGUUCUUUUGGAUCCUGGAAACUACUCGGACAGUUUUUAGACAACCCACUGUAUGGAGUGCAGUGUAUCCCUACAACACCUCUGGUUUCCAUCAGAGCCAUGGCCGGAUUCUACACCAAGAAAUUGGCCCCUCUGCUGGAGAAGGGGUGCUAUCUACUUGGUUUGUCCUUUGGUUCUCUCCUGGCUUUACACAUUGUACAGAACGUCGAGACGUAUUGGAAAUCCUCCGUCUGUAAGGUAGUGGCCGUAGACAGUAGUCCAGAGAUUCUGACCAGUCUGGGAGGACAAACACUGAGGGAGCUGAGAGGGCUGGACACAAGUGUGUGUGAUGAUGUCAUUCUAAAGAGCUUCCAUCAACACAUUGGAGUUGAUACAUAUGCAUACCAAAUGGAGAAUUCAUUGGAUGAGAAAUUGAAACAGACUGUCUAUGGUGUAAUGGAUGAAGGUGUGGCUUGCAGUGCUCCAGAUGUGCUUUACAUGCUGCAGAACUACCACAAAAGGGCCCUGAAUUCCAUCCAGAACCAGAGCCCCACCAUAGACUCGGAUGUCAUUCUUAUUCGACCACAAAAAUCGGAGUUUGAAUUUUGUCAGAAAAGUAAUGACUACAAAUGGAGUGAGUUCUCGAAUGGAAAGGUGACUGUUCACACCGUGAACUGCUGUCAUGAUGAGCUUGGCAGAGAUUCAGAGUCCUUCAGAGAAGUGGCGACCAUCUUGAAAAUGCUGGAGUUUGCUGACAAUGCUUAAAAUUCUUAUUUCACAAUUCAUAAAUUUGUUGUUAUUGUUGGCCGUGCAAGAUUUUGAUGCAUGCACAACCUUUCAUGGUGUAUGAUGUUAAUGGCAUUAUUAAUUCCUUAAUUGUUAACAGAGUUAAAUGGGAAGUGCCAUGCACAAAUGUUUACAUGUACCAAAUUGCUUUAUCUUGGAGUAAUGAAUUAAGCUAUGCUGCUUUGAUAGAUUUUAUUUCUCGAUAAAAGCACUAAUUUUACAACCUUAAAAACUUUACUACAAAAUCUAAGGAAUGUAUGCCAACAUUGUUGUACAUGUAUUGUUUGUGAGAUGUAAAUAUAGAAAUUUAUUUAUCCCCAUACAUGUAUAAUAUCCACUACACUUUCCUCGUUCAUUAUGCAACUGAAUACUCAAUGUGCCUCAUGCAGUUUACAUACAUAAUGUUUCGCCAUAAUGGAUGCAGUAUUUUCAAAAUUUCAUGUUUCUCAGGUUUCCUUUAUCAUGAAAUACAUUUUUCUGGCACCAUCCUUCAACAUGAGACUUGCACACAGAUCUAGUCUGCCUACAUGUAGAUAUUUUUGUCUGUAAAUUUUCUCUGGUGCUGUUUAUUUUUGUAGAAAUAUUGUACCUUACGUGUAUGUAAACCCAUGCUGUACUCGGUUUAUUCAGAUUUGUUAGUUUUGAUGAGGUAUAUGAUGACAGGAUUAUCUUCAUAGGUAGCAUAGAAAAAUAAAAUGCUUGUAUCUCAACGUAUGACAUCGUAGUAAGUCCUGACCUUAGUUGAAGGUCAUAUAGGCAAAGUAAAUGUUGGGGAAAUGUGUAGCACCUAUACCGCAGAAUAUGAAGAUCUCGUAGACAGUCGCACAUGAUGCAGAGGUUUCUCAGAACUUAUGAUUGUGUCCCAUUAAUUUAUUAAAACAAUAUCAAGGUCACUUGGAGAAAGAGGAUAAUACUUCUUGUCUAGGUCAUAUCUCUGAUAUGUUGAAAUAUCUUUAUUCUUAAGUUUCAUUGGGACUUUUUGGUGUUAUAUAACAUAACACCCUAUCCAAGGUCAGUUAUAGGGUCAAGGACAAAAGAUACAUGUAAAAAAAAGAAUUCUUUUGCUAAAAUUGCUUUCUUUUUUAUGCUCCAUGAUUAAAUUAAAUUAUGAUCAAAAUCAAAGUAAAUUAGUGUGGCUUGUAUUUUGUAUUAUGGCGAGACAUAAAUACAUAUACAAUGUAUGUCAAAGAUGAUACGACUUUCUGACCUCUGUCUACACAAUCUUUCAAAUAUGCCCCAGUAAGGAUGAUCCAGGAAUUAAUCUGUUAGGGCAAGCGUAUUUUCUUAAGAUUGAUAAAAAUACAUUGCACCACAGAUAUAUAUCAAUUAUAUAUGUAUUUAUGUUUUGUGAUAAUUUUUUCAUAUAUUUCUAUAAAAUUGUAGUAACUAUC